CCAAACCUAAACCCUCACCACGCUUCUCGAUCCUUCCUUUCUCCAUCUCCCACCCCCGUCUCCGACCUCCCUCCCCUUGCGCCCGCACGAACAAAGCCGAGCGAGCGAGGAGCCGACGAGCCUUCCCGUCCUCGAAGCCUCUCUCCCCUCCGAGGCGCAGCCAUGGCGACCGUCAUGCAGAAGAUCAAAGAUAUCGAGGAUGAGAUGGCAAGGACGCAGAAGAACAAAGCCACUGCUCACCAUCUUGGUCUUCUGAAGGCUAAACUUGCAAAAUUACGGCGGGAGUUGCUCACUCCAACAUCCAAAGGUGGUGGUGGUGCAGGUGAAGGAUUUGAUGUCACGAAGAGUGGAGAUGCACGUGUUGGUUUAGUUGGUUUUCCCUCUGUUGGGAAAUCAACAUUGCUGAACAAGUUGACAGGAACAUUUUCUGAGGUUGCUGCCUACGAGUUUACAACUUUAACAUGCAUUCCUGGAGUCAUCAUGUAUAAAGGUGCCAAGAUUCAGCUUCUAGAUCUUCCAGGGAUCAUUGAAGGUGCUAAAGAUGGAAAGGGUAGAGGAAGGCAGGUUAUCAGCACGGCUAGGACAUGCAAUGUUAUUUUGAUUGUUCUUGAUGCUAUAAAACCAAUAACACACAAGCGUCUCAUUGAGAAGGAACUUGAGGGGUUUGGCAUUAGGUUGAACAAGACACCACCCAAUUUGACAUUCAGAAAAAAGGACAAGGGCGGAAUCAACUUUACAUCAACAGUGACAAACACACACUUGGACCUUGAGACAGUAAAAGCCAUCUGUAGUGAGUACAGGAUCCAUAAUGCUGAUGUGUCCCUGAGAUAUGAUGCAACAGCAGAUGAUCUCAUAGAUGUCAUUGAAGGAAGCCGCAUUUACACACCGUGCAUCUAUGUUGUGAACAAGAUUGAUCAGAUAACACUUGAAGAGCUAGAAAUCUUGGACAAGCUUCCCCAUUACUGCCCGAUUAGUGCUCACCUCGAGUGGAAUCUCGACGGACUUCUGGAGAAGAUAUGGGAAUACUUGGAUUUGGUUAGGAUAUACACAAAACCGAAAGGGCUGAACCCAGAUUACGAGGAUCCUGUUAUUGUGUCAUCGAAGAAGAAAACAGUGGAAGACUUCUGCAACAGAAUCCACAAGGAUAUGGUGAAACAAUUUAAAUAUGCUCUGGUAUGGGGUUCCAGUGUCAAACAUAAGCCACAGAGAGUUGGCAAGGAGCAUGAGCUUGAGGACGAGGAUGUUGUCCAGAUCAUUAAGAAAAUAUAGGUAUACAGUGGAAUGACAGCUGUUUACAAAACUGAAGGAGAGAUGAGGAUUUUGAGUAGUUGCCUCAUGGGUUGCUGUGAUGGUCAUAUGCCCUUGGUUCACCUAUACUGCGUUGAACAAAAGACAAUGUAGACAUGUUUUCUUUUGCCGCAAAUCAUGUCCUCCGUUGCUUGGUGCCAUGUGGAGUCAGUGAGUCAUCAAUGUACCAAGUGUCCUACCAGUACCGUCGAACACAUGGAGAGAUGCUCUCCAUAUCUUUAGAGGAUAAUGAUAAGAUGAUUCUUGUACUGCGAGUGUUCCUUCUUUGUUAGGUGUACCUUUUUCUAGUGUAUCACAAGUGUCACACCUUUUGUACGUACAUUUUCUAAUGAAAUGGCUGUAGGAGCUUAUUAGUAGCGUAGAUUCCUUAUUAUCCUGAUGAUGAUGAAAGAAUGUGAGGAUGAGUUGGUACAUUUAUUUAGGUUCUGGUCGUAAUUGCAGAUAACAUGCUUGAGUUGUUUUGUUGCA